AUUGAGCUCUACUCCUUCCCUAUAUUAUCGAAUGGAGAGUGCACCCUAUGUAUAAUCUAUAUCUAUGGAUAAAAGUCUUGAAACAUAAAUAUCUAGAUUCUAGAUACGCAAACUUGAUGUAAUUUAAAGCGAUAUUUAUGUAUAUAAUUCUAAUUUUUAUCGAAUCUUUAUGUGGUGAAAAGUUAAUUCAUAUCACUUGAUGCUAAAAACUAAGCAACUUUUCAGCAGAGCACAGAAUUAGUAAAAAUGUUAUCGACAAUUGUGAAAGAACACCAGAACAAGCAAGCGAUGAGAAAAGAAAAACAAGAACAAAAACGAAAAGAAGCUGUUCAGGCUGCAAGCAAUUUGACACAAGCUCUUGUUGACCACUUGAAUGUUGGAGUGGCUCAAGCAUACUUAAAUCAAAAGAAAUUAGAUGCGGAAGCGAAGCAACUGCAACAUAGCGCAACGAAUUUUGCCAAACAAACACAAUUGUGGUUGAAUUUAGUAGAAUCCUUUUCGAGUUCUUUAAAAGAGAUUGGGGAUGCGGAAAAUUGGGCACGCAGUAUAGAAGGUGAUAUGAGAACAAUAGCCACUGCCUUGGAAUAUUCAUACAAAGCUACGCAAGAGAAUCAAAGUGUUGGUAAUGUUUGAAGAGAUUAAGAUGAAAUGUUUUUUUUAUCAUAUAAUAAUUUUUUAAUAAUUUCAUGAUAUAUGAAAAAGUUAAAAUAUUCGAAUUCUCGUAAUUUAAGACAUCAAAGAGAAACCAAUGUUGUACAUACAUAAUUAUUCUUAGAGUUAAGUGUUUGAAUUAAUGUUAUGUUUUAAUUAAAAAAUUUAUUGAAGUGUUAGUAAAAAAUUUAAUUUAAAAUACAUUACACACUUUUUAUUUUCUUAAAUUUGUAUAUUCUUAUAUAUAAAUUAACCAAUAAAAAGAUAGACAUAAAAUUUUCUCAAUUUAAAUCCAGUGUUUACUUAGUAUAUAUUUAUAUAAGAUGUAACAAUUUGCGAAAUUAUAUAUAAAAUCUCAAUCAGUUUAUAUAAAAGUUUUUACAUAAAACAUUUGAAGCUUAAAAAUGUUUAAUCAUAUCAUUAGAAUUAUUGGUUACCUGCAUGCCUGGUAUAGUGUCUUCGAUCCAUGAUGGAAACAAACGUUUUAUUAGCAGAAAUCUGAUUUUGGUGUUGGACUUUUAAUAUUAUAUAUAUGUUGCAUAAAUAAAAUCUAGCAUAUAAUCUUACUAAUUCUAAAUCAUAUAAAAAGGGAGUUUUAUAUAAUGUAUAAUUUUUAAACUAUACACAAUAUUCUUGAUAUACAUGAUGUUCUAAAGGAAAAACACUUUUUUUUGAAUAUAUUGUAGUUGUUUUUAAAAAUUGUAAUAUUAUAUGUCAUAUUUUUGACAGUUCAUGGAUCUGAAAUACAGAAAAAUGUUUUUUCC